AAAAAAUAGGCGGGACAGCACCGGAAAGUUUGCUUUUCCCAUACAUGUUCCUGGUCAGUGAACGUCGCUAGUCGUUUCCUGCACUGUUGCAUGGUGGUCGAACAGGAGGAAUUGUUGGAAAUUUUCAGAGCAGCUAAAGCAUGCUCUUGGCCCAGAUAAACCGGGACUCCCAGGGAAUGUCAGAGUUUCAUGAUGCAGAUGGGCAGCCAGUUACACUCUGCCUGGCAGAGGCUGUGACGGUGGCAGAUGGUGACCAGAUUGAGAACAUGGACACAGUGAGCCUGCAGGCUGUUACUCUUUCAGAUGGUUCCACAGCAUACAUCCAGCAUGAAUCCAAAGCGUCCUUCUCUGACGGACAGAUCAUGGACGGUCAGGUGAUCCAGCUAGAGGACGGCUCGGCUGCCUAUGUGCAGCAUGUGUCCGUGCCUAAAGCAGGCGGAGACAGUUUACAGCUGGAAGACGGGCAGGCUGUUCAGUUAGAGGAUGGAACGACUGCCUACAUUCAUACUCCCAAAGAAACCUACGACCAGAAUGGCCUGCAGGAGGUCCAGCUAGAGGAUGGAAGCACGGCCUACAUCCAGCACACGGUGCACAUGCCUCAGCCCAACACCAUCCUGGCCAUCCAGGCUGACGGCACCAUCGCUGACCUCCAAGCUGACGGUACAGCCAUCGACCCAGAAACCAUCAGCGUGCUUGAACAGUACAGCACCAAGGUAGAGAAUGUUGAAAACCCUUUGGGGUCUUAUGGGAGAGUGGAAGCAGACGGCGGUGUCCACAUGAGGAUUGUUCUACAAGGUCAAGACAACAGGCAGCUUCGAGUGACAAAUGUUGGAGAGAAAUCUUUCCGCUGUGAAUAUGAAGGCUGUGGGAAGCUCUACACCACAGCUCACCACCUCAAGGUACACGAGCGCUCGCACACCGGCGACAAACCAUACGUCUGCGAUUAUCGGGGCUGUGGAAAGAAGUUUGCUACAGGUUACGGACUGAAGAGUCACUCUCGGACGCAUACUGGGGAAAAACCAUACAGAUGUCUGGAGAUCAACUGCUGCAAGUCCUUUAAGACCUCUGGAGACCUUCAGAAGCACACCAGGACUCACACAGGAGAGAAGCCCUUUAAGUGCCCGGUGGAAGGCUGCGGCAGGUCGUUCACCACGUCCAACAUCCGCAAAGUUCAUAUCCGAACACACACUGGAGAGCGGCCGUACUACUGCUCCGAGCCCACCUGCGGACGCUCGUUCGCCAGCGCCACUAAUUACAAGAACCAUAUGAGGAUUCACACAGGAGAGAAGCCCUACGUUUGCACCGUGCCAGGGUGUGAGAAGCGCUUCACAGAAUACUCCAGCCUUUAUAAACACCAUGUCGUCCACACGCCCUGCAAACCAUACAACUGCAACCACUGCGGCAAAACCUACAAGCAGAUCUCCACGCUCGCCAUGCAUAAACGCACGGCACACAACGACACCGAGCCCAUCGAGGAGGAGCAGGAGGCCUACUUCGAGCCGCCAGCAGAUGCCAUUGAUGAUCCAAAUGUGAACUACACAACGACUGUGGUUGGAGCAGACGAGCCUGGCUCAGAAGCGGUCCCUGUGGAGGCGUCGGAGGUCGCUGGUCAGCAGCAAGUGGCCUUAGUAACUCAGGAAGAUGGAACGCAGCAGGUCAGCAUCUCAGAGGCACACUUGCAGGCUAUGGGUGGGACGAUCACCAUGGUAACCCAAGAAGGCACAACAAUAACAAUCCCAGCUCAUGAGCUGGCAGCACAAGGCGCCCACUCCGUUACCAUGGUAGCAGCAGACGGGUCAGAUGAACAGGUGGCCAUCAUGACACCCGACAUGGCAUCAUUCCACACUCUGGAGGAAGGAAACUACACCCAGGAGCAGGAGGAUCUUCAUCCUGUCACCUUACUGGCCACUCCCAAUGGCACUCACAUUGCUGUCCAGCUUAGCGAUCAGCCUUCUCUGGAAGAGGCCAUUCGAAUAGCUUCAAGAAUACAGCAAGGAGAGACGCCCGGCCUGGAUGACUGAGUGAUGACUCCAAAUAGACAAUGAAUGGAGAUCAAGACCAUUUCAAAUGGACUUUAUAUAUAUAUAUAUAUAUUUGUGCAUUUGGGAGAGAUCAUGUCUGCCCCAGUUUAUCACAACUGAACUUUGAUUUUAUGUGUAAAUAGGAUUUUUGAUAAUUGAAACUAUGUUACGCUAUUUUGUCUAAUCUUUUGGAAAGAUUAGAGGUAUUAAUGCUUUCUAACAUGGUUUAAUGCACAAUCCAGUGUACAGAAAUAUUUCUACAAAAAGAAAAUAAACAA